UACCAGAUCACGAUGUGGAAGUUACUACUCGCACUGCUGCCCCUUGUGGUCGCGAAGCACCCGUGGUACCCGUGCUCGGAGCUCCAUGAUGACGUGCGCUACCCUUGCCGUUGCGCGGUGAAGGUGGACAGAAGCCUGCAGCUCACCAUCCAUAUGGACUGCGACCGAGUGGUCUUUGGGGGGGACUUCCCGCCGUUGCCGUAUGCGGCGCCCAUAGUCUCGUUUAGGCAAAGGCAUGCUGGACAUCAGACGCUUCCUACUCAGAUAUUUUCAUCGUACGGUCUGCCUCUAAGGGAGCUCGACUUUUCCCACAAUAGCUUGCGUCGGUUGCCCGACCGCCUACUCGCGGGUGUCCGCGGCAACCUCACCAAGCUGGCACUGGCUGACAACCUCCUCGGCGACAACCUGAACCCGAUAUUCUCGACGGCCGAACUUCACAACCUGCCUGCUUUAGAAGAGCUGGAUUUAAGCGGGAAUAGCAUUAGAGGCUUAGAGGAGGGCCUAUUGAUUGGAUGUGAUCUGUUAAAGGUAUUACGGCUGGAUCGAAACAAUAUGAACACCGUGCCAUCAUCCUCGCUCAACGGGCCCCGGUCGCUCAGAGUGCUAUCGCUGAGAGAAAAUAAAAUUGCCCUCAUUCGACAAGGAUCAUUCUUCUCUCAAAAGACAUUGGAAGAAAUAGACUUGCACGGUAAUAUGAUCUCGGCAAUAGAAGGCGGAGCCUUUGCCGGCUUGGGCCAGCUCCAGACGCUCGACCUGGGCAGGAAUAGACUUUCCAAGUUCAACAGCGAUGUUUUCCAGGGCACGGAAAAUUUGGAAAAGCUAGACCUCUCUGAGAACUUCAUCACUGACUUCCCUACGGUGGCUUUCAAAUCUUUUGCCGCUCUUAAACAUUUGAAUCUCUCCAGCAAUAUGAUUACGAAUAUCGAUAGCAGUCACUUGAACGCGUUGGUUUCCCUUCAAGUCCUGGAUCUGAGCCGCAACAACCUCGUGAAGCUGAUGCCGGGAACGUUCGUUGGCCUUACGGAACUACGCUACUUGGAUGUUGGAGUUAAUUCAUUACGAACCGUGGAAGACGACGCGUUCGACGGAUUGACAAGCCUGGACACGCUACUGCUACGAGACAAUAACAUCUUGCUGAUUCCGGCGACUGCGCUCUCCCGGCUGCCCAACCUCGUGUCCGUGCACUUGGGCUUUAACCGCGUCACCGCCCUCUCCAGCGAUAUCCUUCGGGCAGUGUCCGACAGAAUUACUUCCCUAGUCCUUUCCCGAAAUGUCAUAAGGGAAUUACCGACGGCGGCCUUCAAUCACUUCAAAAUGCUAAAGCGAUUAGAUCUCUCCGGAAACUUAUUAAAUUCUAUCUCGGCCGAUGUUUUUAGCGGGCUAGAAGCCUCUCUCGAAUUUUUGAGUCUCGGCCAAAAUAGAAUAUUGGGCUUCACAGGCCAGCAGCUUCAGUUCAUUAACUUAUGGUUUUUAGACAUAUCUGACAACCAGCUUUCAGAAAUACCCGUGAACGCUUUCGACUCUAUUCCUAGUUUAACACACUUGAAUAUUAGUCGCAACGACCAUAUAAGCGUACUACCACAAAAUGUGUUCAAACAAAAUCCAGCUUUACUCAACGUCGACUUAAGUUACUUGGGUCUGAAAGCGCUUCCCGUAAAAUUAUUUUCAAACAACGUGAAUUUAGAGCGCAUUUGUUUAUCAAACAAUCUUUUACAAGAAGUCUCGGAAAAUACUUUCAAGAAUCUUAAAAAUUUAACUCACUUGGAUUUGUCGUACAAUAACAUUGUAAACAUAAGGACUCCUGCCUUUGUUAACGUCAUGUCCAUACAAUAUUUGUCUCUCAAGGGUAAUCAGUUGAACGCAUUUAAAGGAGAAUUCUUUAACACAGGAACAAGUUUGGACGUUAUAGAUCUUUCCGAAAAUCAGCUUAGCUAUUUAUUCCCGUCCUCAUUCAAAAUACACCCCCGUCUUAGAGAAAUUAUAUUAACGGACAAUAAAUUCAAUUUCUUCCCUUCCGAACUUAUAAGCACUUUACAGUAUUUAGAAUUUGUAGAUUUAUCUGGAAACGCGCUAAAGAAUGUUGAUGAACUAGAUUUCGCACGGCUCCCUAAGCUGAGAACGAUAUUGCUCGCUCGAAAUGAACUUGAAACAAUUAGUGAAAUGGCAUUCCAUAACUCUAGCCAAAUACAACUGUUGGACCUGUCCAAUAACAAAAUAGAUCGCUUGGGAGACAGGCUAUUUGAAGGACUGAUUCGGUUGGAGAAUUUGAAUUUAGAAAGCAAUCAACUUUCUGAAUUACCAGACAAUAUUUUCGAUAGAUCGCGGUUAAACAUGCUCGAGAAGAUUUCGUUAAGUAAUAAUUUAUUCGAACACGCUCCUUUGAAAUCUUUACAAAAACAAUAUUUCUUUGUGUCGUCUGUGGACUUGUCCCAUAAUCAAAUUGUAGAUAUACCAGCAGAAGAUAGCGUCUUGGUCAAUAUUAAAAAACUGGAUCUUUCAUUUAACCCGCUGUCACAUAAAGCAAUUAAAAAUGUGAUUACGGAACCUAAAACAGUUCGAGACCUUAACUUGGCUGGUACUGGAAUACAAUCUGUAGGUCAACUUGAAACACCUUUCUUGUAUAACUUAAACUUGUCACACAAUAAUAUUACAAGGCUCACUGACAAAACAUUUAGUAGGACAACGUUAUUGGAAUCGUUGGAUUUAUCUAACAACCAGAUUGUGGAUGUUUCUGGAGCACUUGCUAUUUCUUGGCCUAAACUAAAAAAUCUCCAGCGCCUGAAUAUUUCUAGCAACCCAAUAGCAAUCCUUGUUGAUGGAAACUUUGAAGGUCUAUCUUCACUGCGUGUACUUGAUAUGAGAUAUCUAGACGAAUGUACGAGGAUUGAGAAAAACGCAUUCAGGCCACUUCCUAAUUUAGUUCAACUGAGGGCUUAUGGAUUCCCUAGAUUAGGUUACUUUGAUGUCCAAGGAACUUUGCAACAUUUAUUGGCCUUAGAAAAAUUGGACGUUGAAGUUAAGGAUACAACAAUUGGUGCAGAUCAACUGCACUCGAUAUUACACCCGAGACUUGAAGAGUUAGGAUUAAGAGGCUCGAGGCUUAAGACCGUUUCUUCAGGAGUAUUGGCUGGAUUAAAGGCUCCUGCAAUUACAGUACGUUUCCGGAAUACUUCCGUUAUUAAUUUACCACCAGCGUUGUUAUUCCCUUUGCCACGAUCAUCGCAAAUAACUAUCGAUGUCGCUGGCAGUCAACUGUCUACUCUGCAACCCCAGCUGCUAGUAGCUCUCGAUGAUCGUCGAGCAGAUUUGUCGAUGUUCGGUCUUGACACAAACCCGAUUCGUUGCGAUUGCAAUGCUCGCGCAUUACGAAGAUGGUUACCAAACGUUGGUAUUGAAGACGUCCGAUGUGACUCACCAGACUUUUUGAGUGGAUUUUUACUCACAGAAAUAGGUGACGAUGAACUAACUUGUGACACGAGAAGACGGACAACGUUACAACCAGCGUCAUCGAGUAGUAUUUCCACUACAGCUCCACCGCGCUUAGUUCAUCGAACUUCAGCUGAGCCUGAUAUUAUCUGGUCGGUAGCGCCAUCUCACGAUCGGCCUAAAGUUUCCGGUGAACCGAAAGGAGCGCCUGUGGUAGGCGUGGCAUCUUCGACUAACGACGAUAAUCUGAUAAUAGGUAUUGUAGGUGGCGUUGUAGCAUUUAUCGCGAUCUUAAUAGUGGUUAUUUGUAUUGUGCGGUUGCGAAUGACAACGACAUCGUACCGCGGUGGGCCGCUAGCCAGCAGCCCGACGGCGGGUGGGGCUCCGCUUUGGGGGGCAGCUUGGCCGGGUUACGCCGCCACAUUACCUCCUGCUUCUUUAUCUACGGCCACUCUGCCGCACAAGGUGCAAUCAGGGCCCGGAUCUGUCCGAUACUUGGCUCCACCGCCGCCAGCACCCUACUUUAUUAGCUUGCCGCCGUACGACGAUAAAAUUUAUCGGUAGGACGAUUUGGUAAAUAGGUAGGUGGUUCUGAACAAGAGGCCUUUUACUAUUUAAACUAAGACGUGACUUUAUCGCUUAAACUUUGUUUAUUAUUUAUCCUGGCGUUUUAGUUUGAAUAAUAAGUGGAAAUCGUGUAAGUUUAAAUAAAAUUAAUAUAAAUACGUUUUAGUUAAGAUGUAGGAUUAGCUGGUGUAAAUAAAUAUUUAAGGUUAACUUAUACUAUGUUUGCUCAUUGUUUGUGCUACGUGUAUUAUUUUUAAGAGAAUGUGCAUACAUAAUUUACAAAUAUCGUUGUAGAUAUUCUUUAUACUAGAAUA